UUUGUCAUUGUUUGGAAGAAUAUUUUCUAUCUCCUUGAUUUUAAGAAUUACAUGAGUAUGUAAUGUUGAUAUAUUUAUGCCUUUGCUCAAAACUGGCAAAAUGAGUGCAGUUCAACUUUGCUGGUAUUUAGUACUUUUUGGGCAUCGCUUAGGCCAUUUGAUUUUGUGGAGUAUGAACACAAGAGUCUCAUCUGGCAAUCUUUUCUUGAAUCUAUUGAAUUUUAUGCACCAACCAAUAGAACCAACAGUUUGCAGGUUCAAUAGAAUCGGCAUAAACUUCAAUAGAAUCGACCUGCAGAACCAAGUUUGCAGGUUCAGAUUAUAGCCCUAUACAUAAUCCAUAAAGUAUUUUCAUCCAUCAAUGAUCAUAAAGUUUUAUGGCAAGUGUCUGAACUUUCUAUCCGGCAGCAUUCAUCUUAGUUGUCUUGCUAUGCUUAGUUAAAAAAUUUACCUGGUUAAAUGAGUGUUGACCUGUACUUGUUUGUGCAUUUUAUUUUCAAUUUCGUAAGUGAUAUUGUCUCCUUGUCAUUUUCACAUCUUCAGGCAUUCAUUGAUAAUUCCAAAACGCCAUUUUUCAUUGAUGGAGGCCACUCCACCUCAUAUCAUAGCAGCCAUGUGUUCCAAAGUACCUUUUCUGAGCAAUGCAAUUAUGAAGGCUACUGACUGCGAUGCAUUCAACUUGGUCGUCAAUAAUGGAGAAGCUGCAGGACAAGUUAUUUUCCAUACCCACUUCCACAUAAUUCCUCGUAGAUCUGGUGACAAGUUGUGGCCUACAGAGAGCUUUAGGAGGAGCUCUAUUGAGCCAAAUGAAACCUCGAGCCUUAUUAGCUGCAUCAAGGAGCAACUUGAUUCUUCAGAAGGCUGAAGCUCGUUACCGCAUAAGGUGCGAUAGAAAGCUGCUUCAGUUGUCCAGUCAAGUACAUAAUCUGCCUCGGUUGCGUAGCUGAAGUAAUCCAUGAAUUUAACAAAUUCGAUAAAACAAUGGCACUGUAACUACUGUAUAAUAUUCCCCGCAAAAAAAAAACUGUAUAAUAUCUGACAAUAAGUAAGGUGGAGUUAUGUCCA